AUGACCUCGGACUCGGACCUACAUCGCCCCACGGAGUCACUCAUACUUCCGAAUAAACGCCGGUUCUUCCCAAUAAAGAUUCCCAACUUCCACCUCCAGCUCCGCCACUACAUCAGUACGGCCGAUCCGGAUCGCAUAUAUGUCGUCGUCGAUCGGAUUAUCGUCGCAAUCCACAUUGCGGCGCAAAAGCGGGAGAGCAUAGCCGUCAUUCCGUUCGAGCCGCGAUGCUUGGCGGCUGGCUACGGGUGGAUCGCGGUGGGUGGGCCUGACAACGGCGAAUGCGCUUACAUCAGGAUCGAUGAAAGGGGUCUGCAGGUUCAUGAUGAGACAUUUUCAUCCCGCCCCGCUGAUGUGGAUAGUGCGCUUCCGCUGGACCUAGAGCCGCCGUCUCGGCUCCCCUCGCCGGGAACCUUUGGCAGUGCCUCGGCACAUCGUCCGGGGAGACGAUCACCACCAGAACUCAUCCUACACAAAUUCGGAGGCACUAUUGUUAAUUCGGUGACAAUUCAUCGCUUCCCCAGCAACGGCGAAGGCACUUCACACGAAGAUGUGAUGGUUCUCAGUAACAACGAUCAUACUGUGACUGUCUACUCCUUGACCCGAUCAAAAGUUCUCAAGAUUCUCCAACAUUCAACUUGUAUGAACUAUACGACUAUCUCCCCAGAUCAGACCAUUCUGGCAGCAGUGGGUGAUGAGAACAGGGUCUAUUUCUAUCGGAUUUUGCGUGACUGGGGAUCAACUGCAACUACGGAAGCAGGUGGCAAACUCGCGGGCUGGGAAUGGGAAAUGCUGCAGUGCAUUGAGAUAGAAAUCGGCACGCGUCCUGAUGACGCUUGCUGUUUUACCAUUGCCUUUUCACCAUCAAGCCACCUGUGUGCCAUCGGUUCACAAUCGGGGGUCAUCACAGUGAUUGAUGUGGAGGUAAUUCGCCAGACUUCGGGCAGCACUCAGUCUGAUGAGAAUCCGAUUUUAUACCAGUUUAUGGCUUCCAGACCCUGCGCUGAGGGAGGUGCUGUACGCUGCAUGACCUUUUCCCCCGAACCGUGGGACCUACUGGUAUGGCUUGAAGGCCAUGGCCGAGCUGGAAUCGCAGAUGUCCGCCAGUUGUUCCUUCGACGGCAGCUUCUUAAUUUAAGUCUUGAUGACCCACAGCUCCAGGGCGCUCAUUUAGAGCCAUUGGGAGAAGAAUCAGAUGACCAGUCGAUGGACGAGGAUGAUUUGAUCGUAUUGCCUCCACCCCCGUCGCGUCUGAGACUUUAUGGCGACGAUUCCACCACUGAGCGAGAAACUGCAGAUGCCGAUCGUUCCUCAUUACGCGAAAAUCUGAUACAAGAUCUCACCGAGCGAGAAAGAUUGAUUAUGGAAUUCCUGAAUACUGCACGGUGGACUUCAAGAUUGGAAGAAGGACUAACAGAGCGGCCAGAGCGGCCAGCCAGAGCAAGCCUGCAUCCACAUCAUGCGUCUCGCACGCGAAACUAUGGCUCAACAGAUGGCACCGCUCGAAUCACCCAUCCUACUUCACCCCCACAUCCAUAUGAGUCUUCUGACAUAGCUCGAGAUAACGAUCCUGAACUAUUCCUCUCACCUCCACCCCCUCCACCCCCACCGCGCAUGGGUCAUUCCAGGCGCACGGAUACUCACACUGAGCGAUCAUACCAUGCUAGGCGGCAGAGCUCGAUCGUUUUGUCGCAAGAAGGUCGAUCUUCCGAAACGGAGAACUCCAAUCCCGAUCCCCAGCCUAGCCUCACUCUUAGCUGGACAACGUCACCAUCCGAGCUCCUGUCCGCAGAAUCGGACAUCACAUCAAGAGGGGCUGAUCCUGAUCUUGUGAAUCACGAGAACGAUUCGGGCCCAAGGACACCGGACACGUUAGGGCUUUCCCCCACGCUUGACUUUGGCAUUUCCUCGGAGGCUCUUGCUCGACUUCGUUCCCAGCGAUCAAGCUCCACCCCGCGGCGAACCGAUCGGCCUCAGACCGCGACAGAACGAAGAUAUGAUACUUCCCGUCGCUCUAACUACGAAAUUAGAGCCAAUCUUGCGGCGGAACGUCUUCGGCGUCAACGCCCAUUACCAAAUGAGGUACAAAACCGCUCCUCCUUUGAACGAGAACAGAGAAAUCGCCAACAUUUUCUUGGUUUUGAGCAGACCCAUUCGCCCCGUUGGAUCAGGAAUAUCAUCAAUGAUCUGCCUGACCGAAGCUUACCCCAAGGCUCUGGCGCCGGUGAGCCAGAUGCAACAGCUGGAUUAGGGUGGGGCGCUGAUGGGAGAACAUUGUACAUUGCCACCGUGGAAGGAAUCUUCGAGUUCCAACUGAACAUCCACGACCGACGAACUUUUCCAUCAAUCGAAUACCGAUGA